AUGAUUGAUAGUCGUCCGCCUAGAACUUAUAUGCAUUUACAUAUGAAAUUAAAAAAGUUACAGUUGGAGGAAGAACGACUGGCAACCGUAGAACGUGAUAAUCGAAUACUAUUAGAAAAAAUGUCGACAAUCAUGCGUACGACUGGUCGAGUAGAAAAUAGAAAUGAUUACGAUUCCAAAAGUCUAAAUCAUGAAAAACGGCGGCGAGAAUUAUUGCGUGUUUCAAAAGAAAAUUCGACUAUGAUUAAACGUAUCAGAAAUCGAAAAGCAGACACAAAUCGCGAAAAAUGGGAGCGUAAUUGGUCACAAAAUAUGAAUUAUGCUAAUAAUAUAUCAAAAUACGAUGCAGAUUGGUAUGAACGUCCAAAGCCAAACUCUAGUCAAUCAGCAACCGCUCGACAAGAUUCAUCAAGACAUAACGAAAAAGGAUCUCAGGUCAUUGAUGAAAAACCAAAAUCUGCGAAGAAAGAAGAACAACAAGAAUAA